GUUGCCCUAUCGAAAGCCAGAGCUCCAAGAUGUCUCUUACACACUUACUAGUACUGCUCCUGGGAGUGGUGGUUCUCGCCACUCCCUCCCUUGGUACCUACGAGUUACCCGGCUAUGGGAAACCACCUACUCCUGUUUACAAACCUCCCGAGGUGAAGCCACCCCCAAUUUACAAACCACCACCAGUUUACGAACCUCCAAAGAAGCCAGAACCCCAACCCCCUGUCUAUGAACCCCCAAAGAAGGAGAAGCCGGAGCCCAAGCCACCGGUUUACGAACCUCCAAAGAAGGAAAAGCCAGAACCCAAACCACCAGUUUAUGAACCUCCCAAGAAACCACCGGUGUAUGAGCCUCCAAAGAAACCGCCAGUUUAUGAACCUAAGCCUCCAAAGCCACCAGUUUAUGAGCCUAAGCCACCAAAGCCACCAGUUUAUGAGCCUCCAAAGAAACCACCAGUAUAUGAACCUAAGCCUCCAAAGCCAGAACCCAAACCACCAGUAUAUGAGCCUCCAAAGAAGCCUCCGGUGUAUGAGCCUCCAAAGAAACCGCCAGUUUAUGAACCUAAGCCACCAAAGCCACCAGUUUAUGAGCCUAAGCCACCAAAGCCACCAGUAUAUGAACCUAAGCCACCAGUUUAUGAACCUAAGCCACCAAAGCCACCAGUUUAUGAGCCUCCAAAGAAGCCUCCGGUGUAUGAGCCUCCAAAGAAACCACCAGUAUAUGAACCUAAGCCACCAAAGCCACCAGUUUAUGAGCCUAAGCCACCAAAGCCACCAGUUUAUGAACCUCCAAAGAAAGAGAAGCCAGAACCCAAACCACCAGUAUAUGAGCCUCCAAAGAAGCCUCCAGUGUAUGAACCUAAGCCACCAAAACCACCAGUAUAUGAACCUAAGCCACCAAAACCACCAGUUUAUGAACCUCCGAAGAAAGAGAAGCCAGAGCCCAAACCACCGGUUUACGAACCUCCGAAGAAGCCACCAGUAUAUGAACCUCCUAAGAAACCACCGGUGUAUGAGCCACCUUAUGGUCACUAUCCAGGACACCCUCCAAUGGGGAAGCCAUAAAACUAGCCCCCAUCACCAAGCCAUCCGAACAACAUGAGCUACUAUGGCCAUAUAGAUAGAUUAGUAACUACGAAUAAGGGCUGCUGCCAACUUGUGUUAUAUUUUCUUGCAUGUCAUUUAAUGUUUUUAUCAUAAGUCCUGUUUGAUGAGAGAUCGGGAGCUAGCGAUUGAGAAAGCUCCUGUCAGUACUCUUUGAAAUGUCUAUUCUCUUCUUGCUGCUUAAUGAGCAAUCGAGCAUAUCCAAAUUCAUCUUAA